AUGGACGGGUUUUACCCCUCUGCAGGAGGAGCAGGGCAGGACGUGCUCAAUGCAACCAGCUGGGCAGAACAGAGCCACUCUCUGCUGUCCCUGCGUGUGGUGACAGCCACCUGCCUGGCCCUCAUCCUCUCCACGCUGCUGGGGAACACCCUGGUGUGUGUGGCCGUGCUCAGGUUCCCACAGCUGCGCUCCAAGGUCACCAACCUGCUUGUGCUCUCCUUGGCUGUGUCUGACCUGCUGCUGGCUGUGCUGGUGAUGCCCUGGAGAGCGGCCACUGACGUGCUGGGCUCCUGGCCCUUCGGGGCUUUCUGUGACCUUUGGGUGGCUUUUGACAUCAUGUGCUGCACGGCCUCCAUCCUCCACCUGUGCCUCAUCAGCCUCGAGCGCUACUGGGCCAUCACCAACCCCUUCUGCCAUCAGAGGAGGGUGACACAGCGUGCGGCCUUGGUCACCAUUGGGGUGGCUUGGCUGCUGUCCCUGCUCAUCUCCUUGGUCCCCGUGCAGCUGCAGUGGCACAAGGAGCCCCUGAGCUGGGAGCAGCUGGGAUUGAACAGCUCUGUGGAGGAGGGGAGCUGUGAUUCCAGCCUCAGCAGGACCUACACCAUCUCCUUAUCCCUCAUCAGCUUCUACAUCCCUGUUGCCAUCAUGCUGGUCACCUACGGCUGCCUCUUCCUCAUCGCCCAGCGCCAGCUCCGCGGGAUCUCCUCCCUGGAGAGACCGGCUGGACAUGCCUGGAGCUGCCCUCAGGAAACCUCCCCGAAAAACUCCCUCAAGAAGGAGACCAAGGUGCUCCAGACCCUCUCCAUCAUCAUGGGUGUCUUCGUGUGCUGCUGGCUGCCCUUCUUUGUGCUCAACUGCCUGGUGCCCUUCUGCGACACCGAGCCGGGCGGCCCGGGAGCGCUGCCGUGCAUCAGCAGGACCGUGCUCAGCACCUUCACCUGGCUGGGCUGGGCCAACUCUGCCCUCAACCCCAUCAUCUACGCCUUCAACAUGGAAUUCCGCAGCGCUUUCGCCUCCCUGCUGGGCUGGGGCCGCCUCUGCCCCAGGAGUGCCAUGGAAGCAGUGACCUUCAGCAAGGAGCUGGUGUCCUUCCACCGCAACACCGCUGGCCACAGGGCUCUGGAGACCUCCAGCCACCCCCAGCUACUGCCCCAUGCUGUGCUGCAGGUGGAAAACCACGAGGUGACCUUGGAGAGGGCUUCUCCAGGCUCCUCUCCCUUUCCUGAGUGUGGACGCCCCAUCCAGCUGGGGAGGAUUCCCCCACCUUCCCACAGCCCCUUCCACUGA